AUGCUGCGGUACCUGCUGAAGACGCUGCUGCAGAUGAACCUGUUCGCCGACUCGCUGGGGGCCGAAGGUUCCAACUCCUCCUCCUCGCUCCUGCUCGGCAUCAACCGCUCCAUCGCUGCACUCCACCUGCCCGAUCUCGCCCCCGGUAAUGGGUCUCACUCUCAGCUGGAGGACACGGCUCCCCGCAUCGUGGAGCACCCCACGGAUCUCCUGGUCACCAAGGGGGAACCGGCCACGCUGAGCUGCAAGGCCGAGGGGCGCCCGGCGCCGGCCGUGGAGUGGUACAAAGACGGGGAGCGGGUGGAGACGGACCGGGAGGAUCCCCGCUCCCACCGCACCCUCCUGCCGGGCGGCUCGCUCUUCUUCCUCCGCAUCCUGCACGGGCGGCGGGGCAAGCCCGACGAGGGGGUUUAUGUGUGCGUGGCCAGGAAUUACCUGGGGGAGGCCACCAGCCGGAACGCUUCCUUGGAGGUGGCCGUGCUGCGGGACGAUUUCCGGCAGCCCCCCGGGGAUGUGGUGGUGGCGGCGGGAGAACCGGCCGUGCUGGAGUGUGUCCCGCCCCGCGGCCAUCCCGAGCCCAGCGUCUCCUGGAAGAAGAACGGAGUCCGGCUCAGCGACAAGGACGAGCAUCUGACGAUCCGUGGAGGGAAGCUGAUGGUGGCCAGUACCCGCAAGAGUGACGCCGGUGUCUAUGUCUGUGUGGCCACCAACGUGGUGGGGGAGAGGGACAGCGAACCGGCCGAGCUGGUGGUCUUUGAGCGCCCGGCGUUUGGCAAGAGGCCCCUGAACCAGGCGGUGCUGGUGGAGGGGACGGCAGAGUUCGCCUGUGAGGUGGUGGGGGAUCCCCAGCCAGCAGCGCGGUGGUACAAGGAGGAGGGUGAGAUGCCACUGGGAAGGUGGGAGGUGCUGCCGGACAAUACCCUGCGGAUCAGCCGGCUGCGAGCAGAGGAUGAGGGCACCUACACCUGCGUGGCCGAUAACAGUGUGGGCAGGUCAGAGGCAUCUGGCACCCUCACCGUGCAUGUGCCCCCCCAACUCAUCACUGGGCCCCGUGACCAGGCUGUCACCCCUGGCCAGAGCGUGACCUUCCAGUGCCAGAGCAAGGGCAACCCACCGCCAGCCGUCUUCUGGCAGAAGGAGGGGAGCCAGACCCUGCUGUUCCCGGGCCAGCCCCCACUCCCCUCCAACCGUGUUUGGGUGAGCCCCGACGGUGCCAUGACCAUCACCGACAUCCAGCCCGGUGACGCCGGCCACUACCUGUGCCAGGCCAUCAGCGUGGCUGGCAGUGUCCUGGCCAGGGCACGCCUGGAGGUGUCGGAGGCACCCACCGAGCUCCACCCGCUGGGGGUCAGCCCCCUUCCCGCUAACCGGAUGGUGCUACCGGUGGGGGCCACGGCACGGCUGCCUUGUGGGGUGGGGGGCGGUGACCCCCCAGGCAGCGUGGGGUGGCUGAAGGAUGGCAGUGCCCUGGUGGGUGCCCAGCCCCGUGCCAGCCUGCUGGAGAAUGGCACCCUGCAGAUCACCGGCCUCCGGGUGAGAGACUCUGGGCUCUAUGAGUGUGUGGCCACCAGCCCAGUGGGCGAGACACGCUGGGGCAGCUCCCUGGAGGUGCAAGGUGAUGAAUCUGACCUCUCCCCACCUUCCCCUGUGCCUGGAGUCCUCCCUGGGCCACCCUCCACCCCUGUGGUCACCAAUGUCACCAGAAGCAGCGUCACCCUGAGCUGGAAAGCAAACAAGGACAGCGAUGCCACCCAUGUCAGUUCUUACAUAGUGGAGGCUUUCAGCCAGGCGGCGGGCGGCCCGUGGCGGACGGUGGCAGCCGAUGUGGAGGGGGAGACCCACACAGUGAGCGGCCUCGUCCCUGACACCGUCUACCUGUUCCUGGUGCGGGCGGUCAAUGCCUACGGGCUCAGUGACCCCAGUGGCGUCUCAGAGCCUGUGUGCACCCAAGAUGCCAGCCCCACUCAGCAAGGGCUGGACCCUGAGCAGGUGCAGCGGGAGCUGGCCCAAGUGGCCGUGCACCUGCAGGAGCCCGUGGUGCUGCCGCUGGGUGCCGUCCGCCUCUCCUGGACCGUGGAGCGCCCAGCGCCCUUCCUUCAGGGCUACCGCGUGCUGUACCGGCGGCGUGGUGGGCGCUGGGAGGAGGCGCGGGCGGUGCGGGGGCCGGAGGAGCGAGGGGCCCUGCUCACCGAGCUGCGCCGCGGCCAGGACUACGAGGUCAAGGUCCAACCCUUCUUCCGUCAGCUCCACGGUCCAGACAGCGCCGUGCGCGCUCUGCGCACCCCAGAGGCGGCUCCCAGCGCCCCCCCGAGAGCUGUCAGUGUGGCUGGGAAUGGCACCAGUGUCCGCAUCUCGUGGCAGCCACCACCACUGGCCGAGCAGAACGGCGUCAUCCGGGAUUACCGGAUUUGGUGCCUGGGCAACGAGAGCCGUUUCCACAUCAACCAGAGCGUGGAGGGGACGGUGCUGGCGACAGUGCUGCGGGGACUGGUCCCUGGGGUCCCUUACCACGCCGAAGUUGCUGCCGCCACUGGCGCCGGUGUGGGCGCUCGCAGCGCUCCUGUCCCCAUCCGCAUCGCCCCCCCGGUGGAGCGGGAUGCGGGGCCAGCAGGCGGGAGCAGCAUGGCCGAGCGUUUGGCUGAGGUGGCAAGGCAGCCAGCCUUCAUCGCCGGCGUCGGCAGCGCCUGCUGGGUCGUUCUCGCCGCCUUCGCCGCUUGGCUCUACAGCCGCCGCCGGAGGAAGAAGGAGCUCAGCCACUUCACCGCGUCCUUUGCCUACACACCCACCGGUAAGCCCGUAGGUGGCGCGGGGUCCCGGCGCGGACUCUCGCCGCCCUCAACCCCCUCUCUUUCCGCAGUCGCCUUCCCGGCUCCAGGGCGCGGCAGCCCCAGGGCAGCGGCCGGCAGCGGUUACCCGUGGCUGGCGGACGCGUGGCACGGUGGCGGCACAGCUAGUGCUGCCGGUUGCUUGGGCACCGCUGAGAGAUACUACAAUGACGCCGGUAUCACCCGUUACAUCGCCCAGACGGAGCAGUUUGGGGCGGGGGCCGGCGAGGGGCCGGUUUACAGCACCAUCGAAGUGGACAGUGAGGAGAUCUGCACCUUCCCCCGUCCCUUCUCGCAGUAUGGGACCCCCUAUCCCGGGAUGAGUCCUCAGCCGAUGGAUGCUGCAGCCUCCCAGGCACCCCGAGGAUGGGCUGAGCACGGUAGGGUGGUGGGAUGGGUGGGGGGACACAGGGGAGCAGCAUCCCUCCUUGCCGCAGGGGCCAAAGCAAAGCUGGGGCAAGCAGUGAAACUGCCAGCUGUGAGUUGGACAGAGCUGCUGCCCCCUCCACCCUCGGCCAGCGAGCUUAGCCAGUGCACCCAGGAGAAGGAGGAGGAGGAGGAAGAGGAGGAUGAAGAGGAGGAGGCAGCUGGAGGGUCAGAGAUGGAGGUGUGGUACCCUGGUGAGGACGUCCCCUGUGCCACCGCUGCAUCCUCACCCACCACCUCCUCUGGCUGCCGGUCCCCCACCAUGCUGACACCAUUGCCCUGCGCCACUGAGGACAUUCCCCGCCUCCGUGACUUCGACAGCUCCCGCCUGCCCCGGAGACCCCCCCACAGCACCGGCACCCCCCCCCAGGCACCCAGUCUCGCGGCGACUCCGGAUGCCAGCGAGGGCCCCCCACCCCGAGCCCGCUGCCCCCUCGGCACAGGGAAACAACGCGGGGCGGCCCCUAAAAGCCGCCUGAAGCCCAAACGCAGCCGCUACUGCCGGGAAAAGCAGGCGGGAGACCUGCCGCCGCCGCCACUGCCGCCGCCGGGCGAGACCCCCGGCCCCUCUCCGGAGCGGGAGCCCAGUGGAGCCGAGCGCAGGGUCCCCCAUCGCCCAACCCGCGGUGGCGAGCUCGUCCCCUACAGCAAGCCCUCCUGCCUGCCCCGCGGGCAGGUGUCUGGCAGCUGCUCCACCACAGGCAGUGUCUCGUCCCGCGGCUCCGCCAGCUCCCGCGACCACGGCUCGGGGCGCAGCCGCGUCCCUGGGGACCGCGGCGAGGGGACCGGCCAGCGCCGCCGCCCGGGGGCCACAUUGCCCGGCCCGUCGCUGGAGAAGCGAUAA